CAGUGCAGUGUGCCCCCCGUUCGCUUGAUUCGUGCUUGCAAUAAUCGAUGUCCCAAACCAUGCAAUGAAACGGCGCGAAUCUUUUUGUACCAGUAGAAAUAGAAAGCUUCAAUAGUAGUUGCCUGAAUGGUGUGCGUAGCCGCAGUCCGGAAGGGUGUGAGCGAGCGGGUGAGAAACGGAGGAGAGGAGAUGUGGCUAUCGAUGGCGUCAAUGCAGCUGCGGAAUCUGCAGGCGGUGGGGUGCACGUUAAAAUUAUAUCCACAGCUGUUGUUGCGCAAAUGUUCACCGAAACCAACCGACCAACUUGUCUCCCCCCACCCAAUAUUUGGACCUGCUGGUCCAGAGCUGGUCGUUGUUAUGUGAAACAUUUCACAUGGUAGUGUUGACUGGCACACUUUUUUUUGUUGUUCGUGAGUGGCGAUGUGCGAAACAACAGCUCUACGAACGGGGAAAUAAUAUUAUCUUACCGGAAACCAUGAAAAUGGGACUAAGCACCUCCUCCAUGCGCAGGCGUGGCUGCCUCUACGGUAUAGUGCUCGUGCUAAUACCGUGCACCGUGCUGAUCGUGGUGAUCGGUACCGACUACACCACCGAACAGUCGAUGUCGCAACGUAUGGCCGAGUUUCAGAUGCGCAUGCAGUACCUAGAAUCCAUGUACCGCACCAAACAGGAGGAUGUGGCCAUCCUCUCGCAGUAUCUCCGGCUGGCCGCACUGAACGGAGCCACCGUGUCCGGCGGCACCAGCUCCACGGACGGUGCGAACGUUUCGCUCGCCAACCUAGACAUGCUCGACGGGCUAAGCCCCGACUCGCGAUCGCUGAUCCGGAAUGUGACGUCAACGAACCGGCUGGCGGAAAGCUUGAAGCUACCGACGGCGUUCCAUUUCCUGCCGCACCUGCUGGACGAUUCGGCCUCGCUGCAGCCGAGCUACAUCGAGAGCAAGAAGCGCCAGGGCGUCUCGAUCGUGCUCGGCAUCCCGACGGUCAAGCGCGACAAGCAAUCGUAUCUCGUCGAAACGAUCGACAAUCUCAUCUCGAACAUGGACGAGGAGGAGCAGAACGACACGAUGAUCGUGGUGUACGUGGGCGAAACGGAGCUAGAGUACGUGAAAACGGUGGCCCACCAGAUACGGACGCGCUUUGCCAGCUACAUCGAUAGCGGCUUCCUGGAGAUUAUCGCACCGGCCGCCUCGUACUAUCCGAACAUGAACAAUCUGCGCCAGACGCUGAACGAUUCGCAGGAACGGGUGCGGUGGCGCUCGAAGCAGAAUCUCGACUUUGCCUUCCUGAUGGCGUACGCGCAACCGAAGGGUGCCUUCUAUCUGCAGCUCGAGGACGACAUACUCACGAAGAAGGGCUUCGUGACGAUCAUGAAAAACUUUGCGCUGGAGAAAACGGCCAAGAAGGAGCACGCGAACUGGUUUGUGCUUGAUUUUUGUCAGCUAGGUUUCAUAGGAAAAAUGUUCAAGUCUGCCGAUCUGCCUUGGUUGAUAACAUUCUUCCAGAUGUUUUUCAACGAUAAGCCCGUCGACUGGUUGCUGUAUCACUUGAUCUACACGAAGGUGUGCAGCGUGGAGAAGGAUGGAAAGAGUUGCAAGCAAGAGAUAUCCAAACUGUGGAUCCACUACAAACCAUCACUGUUUCAACACAUUGGAACACAAUCGUCGCUCAGGGGCAAGGUGCAGAAGCUGAAGGACAAGCAGUUCGGCAAGAUACCGAACUUUCAUCCCCAUCGCAACCCGCCAGCCGUGGUACGGACCGGGAUACAGCCGUACAAAUCGUACACGCUGCAGAAAGCGUACUCGGGCGACAGUUUCUUCUGGGGCCUGAUGCCACAGCCCGGCGAUCUGAUUGAAUUUAAAUUCAAACAACCAACCACUGUGCGGAGGUACCUUUUCCGAAGCGGCAACUUCGAACAACCUUCCGACCGGUUCUACAACACCACGGUGGAGGUGCUGCCGGCCAGCGGGAACGGAUCGGCCAUCAGCGCCACCCUCCCGUUCAACGUUACCAAGGAUGGGUUUCUGGUGGUCGGGAGCUUCAACAACUACGGCAUAGCGGACGGCGUCAUCGAUCCGAAAAUUGGCAAACUGAAAGAGCUGCGUCUGCACGUGAACAGUGACAGCCAGAAUUGGGUUAUACUGCGUGAGAUCUAUCUGCAAAGCAACAGUGUUCGGUGACAGAAACAUUACCGCAUGCUGGAUCCGUUCGGAUCGGCCGAUAUGAAAUCGAGAGCGGCACGAGCGCUGAUAGUGGCCACAGGCAAGCAGCAGCAGCAGCAGCAGAUGGGUCUAGCGGUACCGGCUAAGCGCUUAAAUAGUAGCCUCGCACAGCUUCGCCCGCGUCGCCGUGUUCCGCCCUCGCAGCUGUCCAAACGCAGUGAAACCAGCCCGGGGAAUAUGGUGCCGCCUGCAGCAAAACCGAUCAGCGCCCGGAUGACGCUUCACGCCACGAAUGGAAAAAUGAUGCAAACCAACUAAUUUGGGGGGGGGACGGAAACGAGCCACAUCCGGGCAUUUCGAUCCGGCGAUCGUACCGUGUACAGGGUUUAUGUAUGUAUGGAUCUAAGGCUAUAUACUGGCCGGUGCGCCUUAAAUGUGAUCAACGAAUAUUACUGUACUCAACUGGAAUCUCUGCGCACAGAUGGUAAUGGUAAACUGAAGGGAGCGCGAUUAGUGUUGUACGUCCUGUUAGAUACAUGCAAUGCAAACAGUAUCACCCACAGCCCCGCCCCGUACCGGGUUUGUAAGUGGAGAGAGAGAGAGAGAGAGUGGGCUUAACCUUUACAAAUGUUAAUAUGUUGUUUUGUAUCGCUGUUGCUGUAGCCGCUGGGUGCUGUAUAUGUUUCCGUGAAAAUAGGUGUGCGUGUGUGUGUGUACGUAUGUGUACGUGUGCGUGUGUGUUUGUAACUAGUUUAGUGAGGGGCUAAGGUGUUUGUGUAUGUAAAACAUAUUUAGAAGUUGUGGGUGUGUAUACGUUGCGGGCAAAACCGAUUUGUUAUAUAUGUUAAGUACGCCAAUGCACAAAACAAAAAACGGGGAAAGUUGAGCUGCCAAAAAGGAAAAAGUCACACAUGAUCGGAUCGCGAGUGGCACAAUUGUUUUCACUCAACCACACGUGAUUCCACAGAAUCUCAUGCUUAGAAUCUCGUUAUAAGUUAAAACUGUUGGUACUCCUUUCCGUUACAUUGCCUCUACCAAACACUGGAAGUAUUUUACUCAUUUUUAAUGCAAACAUUGUAUGAUAUUGAUGUCCACUUUAGUUUAAGUUAGGUUUAGCGAUCAGCAGUAGCAAAUGGGAGCCAAUGGGAAGCAUUUCGUAGUACAGCCCGUGCCGUUUAAUGGUUUCUGAAGCCUUCAUCGAAUGCUCCACUGGAUAACCACAGUGUGAAGAUCGUUAUGUUUGUUGGUGUUUUACAUAAAUCAUUUUACAUCACAAUAACCGGUUAAUACGGUGUUAUUAUCGAUGGGCACAGAUAUAAAGCUCCGAUAAACCAUGAAGACCUACGAGCCUUCGCGGUCUUGGUCUGCUCCAACAAUCCUCGACACCGCUCGCCGGUUCAGCGCCUUCGUCUGCUAAUGGAUUAUCCCGGCUCUCACCAUUUGGACGGCCGGGAGAAGGUACGUUACGGGCUGGGUCGUCCGGUGUCAUUCUCAUGCCAUGAUCCAACCCACCGGAGCCUGACGAGUCUAAUUCGCUGAAUAGCUUGAAGAAGAGGAUCCGGCACAUCAAGAUCCUAACCCUUAUCCUCCUGACUAAAAAGCCCUGGGCACAACUUCCUCGAGGAAAGAUUUUUGUGUGGUAAUUGGAAGAUGGACAUUUGGUCAAUGUCAUCUCGAAAACGAGACCAAAAACCUCUUAAAGAACCCAGUUAAAAUUGAAACAAAACCUUCGGAAGCUAUUGAAAGGCACCUCGCGCUGUGUAUAUAGUUUGCUUUUAUUGUGUUCUAAACGGCCAUAACUCACAAAAUCAACCAGAUGAUACCGAUUUUUACUUUUAUGUGAUCCAUUUAUCCAGUAAUAUGUUUCAAACAACGUAGCACAAAACAAAGUAAAAGGGGGCGGAUGUGUGUAAAGAUAAUCAAAUGCCUUUGGAAGGGAGCGAAAAAUUUGUAGCAAACGAAAAAGUAAACAAAAAAACAAGAAGAAACUAUCAAUAUUAGCAAGCGAAUUGGCGGGAAGCGAAGACUUAACCGGAAACCCCAAAACAGGUUUGAAGCCGUGAGCGAGGGCUUUCGGCUGGAACGGUUUUUUGUAAUGUGUUGCUGUGCAGUCGUAAUCGGUGUCCUUUGAAAGUUCCAUUUUGUAAGAUUUUUUGGCUAAAAAUUGUACCGGAAGGUGGUGAUGAGAAUAAGUAAUACGCUGUGUGUGUGGAGAUGUGAAGGCGAUCGAGCGCGAUCGAUCGAAUGCUGCACUGCACUGCACCGCGCUCGUUCCUACUAUAUUCGUGUGUAGUGUAUAGCGAAAGCAAUACAAGAUCAGGCAAACAAAAAUAAUCAAAAUAAUGCUCUGUUACCAUCGAUGGCGGGUUUUUUGUUGUUGUGGCUGUAAUGCACGUGUGCACGUAUGUUUCUUGUGAAUCACUCAGAGAGAGAGAGAGAGAGAGAGAGAUAGGAGAUUGCUUUCGAAAUUUGCUGUAACGUAUCUCAAUGCUGGACAAGCUGCGGUCGUGUGACGCUUCAGUUAAAGCGAAGCGAAGCUAAACGAUCACAUGUCUAUACCCCUAGUAUUGUGGUAUCUCUAAGGGAAUAGUAAACUGUUGCGAAACGUUCGUUACCGAAGGGCUAGAAGAAAUCAUUCCACGAAUAAUAAACCACCCUAUGUUUAGCGAUCGCAGUGCGUAAGGCGUCCUGUAACACUAACCUGGUUAGAAUACUCCUACUCAGCAAAGCGAAACAAUCCAGCAAUGAGAAUCUAAAUUUAUGAUGGUGUUAACCUUAAAAAAACACAACAAAUGGUGCAUGGUGUCAAAAUAAAAGAGCUUCGUUUGAAUACAAAA